AUGGGCGCAUCUCACAUCCCUAGAAAGGGCACUCGCUUUGACUACUCGCUGCGAGACGAUCAAAUUCUGUUUGAUUGGCUUCAUCCGCUGGAGAAAGAAAAGGGAGCCCCCAUCAAUGGCAACAAGAUAUAUCAGGAAAUAGCCGUUCAGUGCCCGCGGCAUUCAUGGCAGUCCUGGCGAGCUCGAUAUCUCAAAAAGCUGCGCGGUAGACCUCGGCCGGGAGGUGGUGCCCCAUUGCCUAGGUCAGAGUGGUUUCCUGACGACUCAGCUCAGGAGAGAACGCCAGAACAACCUGCGCCAGAACCUUCGAUGGUUCCUGAACCACGAAGUCCAAGAGCACCUUCGCCGCAACCACCUAAACCAGCAGAGUUGAAAAGGAAGCGCGAUUCUGUUCCCGAAGAUGUUUCGACUUCAAAAAGGAAAGAAAUCGAAUUGCCACAGCCCGCCGAAAACAACUCACCUCAUCCUCACUCGGAAGGUGGCAAGUCACGACCUCAACCAACUAAUCUCUCAACUCCGCCGGUAAAGACCGGUCAACGCCCAGCGGAGCGUCCUACCGGUUCAGCUACACGUUCCGCCCUAGCUCCUGGUCAGAAAGAAUCAUCUGAGCCACCCAUCAAUCAAGCGGACGACAUGGUCGACCCUGUAUUCUUAGAGCUGCCAUUCCUGCCGCCAUCUCCGGGGCCAGCCCAGGACGACGAAGAAGCUGAACAAAGCGAAACUUCCGACGUAGACGCUUGGAUUGACGCCCGGCUCGCGCGAGGCAAUGUGGAUGAAUCCAGUGUGAUCGACGCUCUCCGCUGCACAAGCAUGGACCCAACACUCGCCGACAAGGUGCUUGAGCACUUUCUGGCUGGCCAGGCGGUCCCUGAUAAUAUACCUGGGAUCUGGACAGCAUAUGACGAUGAAUGCCUAGAAGGGCAAAAUAUGCGGGAUGUCGAACGCGUCUUGACCAAGCAUGGAUCGGGCGCAUGUGAGGCCCGGUGGGAUUACCUUAGUAUGGCCCGGGAAAGGGGCCUGGUAUAA